CUUUGCCUAUCAUCGCCUGUUGUUCGUCUGAUUCUCCUCUCUGACUCAUCCUGUUCUUUCUCUCUCUCUCUCUCUUGCUUCCCAAAUAUCUCUCUUCUUCUCGAUCAGAUCUCUACAAUCCCGUCGAAGCAAGUGCUCUUCUGAAUCACCCAUGACGCUUGGCUCAGGAGGAUCGAGUGUCGUGGUUCCAAGGAACUUCAGAUUGCUGGAGGAGCUUGAACGUGGAGAAAAAGGUAUUGGAGAUGGUAGCGUCAGCUAUGGAAUGGAUGAUGGAGAUGACAUCUACAUGCGCUCUUGGACUGGCACCAUUAUUGGUCCUCACAAUACUGUACAUGAGGGUAGGAUCUAUCAGCUGAAGCUGUUUUGUGAUAAAGAUUACCCUGAGAAGCCACCAAGCGUUCGUUUUCAUUCAAGGAUCAACAUGACUUGUGUUAACCAUGAAACUGGAGUGGUGGAAUCAAAGAAGUUUGGACCACUUGCGAAUUGGCAGAGGGAGUACACCAUGGAGGAUAUCCUGACACAGCUGAAAAAAGAGAUGGCUGCUCCACAUAACCGGAAGCUUGUUCAGCCUCCUGAGGGUACCUACUUUUAGUUCUCAAGGUUAUGUAUCAUGAAUGAUGGAUCUAACUGAAUAUGCCAUAUAUAGUUUUUAAUCCUGUGUUGAUCCUGUUAUGAACAAUACUGGGGAAUGCCCCAAAAAGCUUCUUCAAUUACUUCUCCAUGGCUUAAUCGUCUUUGUCUCUAAAACUCUGUUGAAGGGAUGCUGUUUGGUUAAUGGUAUUUUAUCUAUUUGUCAAAUAUUUAAUCCCUCUUUAAGUAGAGCUGCAGUCUUUUAUGUUAU